AUGGAUGCGAUGACCUCAGAGGACAGUUCGGAGGACACCCCUUCUUUGGCCGGCCUGUUCGCGAAGUCGCAGAUUGCCCGACAGCUCUCCCAUAACACGCCCCUGUUCACCUGCCGGAGUGCCGAGGCUCCCAUCAUGCAGGGGUUGGUCAUGGGCGGAGAAAUCUUGCGUCAAUGCCCGAUCGAGUGCCCCGCGCCUGUCGAUGAGAUGUUGAGGUAUCACGUGCGAGCCAUCGCCGAGCAGUACGGCGUACCCGUCAUUCUCCACACGGACCACUGCGCCAAGAACCUCCUUCCUUGGUUCGACGGGCUGCUUGAAGCCGAUGAGCGAUACUUCGAGCUCCACGGGGAGCCGCUGUUCUCUUCUCACAUGCUGGACCUGUCUGAGGAGCCUUUGGAGGAGAACAUCGAAAUUUGCGUCAAGUACCUGGAGCGGAUGGCCAAGAUCAGCUGUGGUCUCGAGAUGGAGUUGGGGAUCACGGGCGGUGAGGAAGACGGCGUGAACAACGAGGACGUCAACCCAGAGGAUCUCUACUCCAAGCCCGAGGAGAUCUACCAGGUCUACGAGGCCCUGGCAAAGAUUCCGAACGGCUUCUUCACCAUUGCCGCUGCCUUCGGAAACGUCCACGGCGUCUACCAGCCGGGCAACGUGGUCCUCAAGCCGAAGAUCUUGGACUCGGCACAGAAGUACAUCGCCGAGAAGAUUGGUGAGAAGGAGGGCAGCAAGCCCGUCAGCUUCGUCUUCCAUGGCGGCUCGGGAUCGGACCUCAAGGACAUCCGCGAGGCCGUGGACUACGGAGUGAUCAAGAUGAACAUCGACACGGACACGCAGUGGGCUUACUGGAGUGGCAUCAAGGAGUUCGAGUCGAAGUACCAUGACUACCUGCAGACGCAGAUUGGCAACCCGGAUGGCCCGGAGAAGCCCAACAAGAAGUACUACGACCCUCGCGCCUGCAUGCGAUCCGCGGAGGAAGUGACGGUGGAGCGCAUGGAGAAGUGCUUCGAGGAUCUGCGAUGUGUGAACGUCCUGGGCCUGGGACCCCCGGAGAAGCCGGAGAACGUCCUCGGCCCGCGUCGUGGCGGCCUCCCUGCGUGA